AUGGUCCGCGCCGCCGUCUACCUCGGCACCAUAGCCGCAGCGGUGUCAUGGUCACAGGCCAAAGAGAUCCAGCCCAAUGAGGCGGAGGGGGCAGAGCUGUAUGACUCCGGUAUUGUCCACAACAGGCUCAUGGCCAGCAAGAAGGCCGAGUGGGCUCGCCAAGAAGAGGUUGGGGCAUUCGCUAGCGAGCAGUACCCUGACUUGGGCUAUACUGCUUGCAUUGACGGAGUGGCCGAAGCCAUCCAGGGAGACGGAAACAAUACGUUCCGAUGCCAUAAUGUUGACCUUCAUUCCUUUGUUAGCCAUGCUGGCCUGGGCAGUGCUUCAGGCCAUGGCUCUUCCUCGUGGGGAUGGACUUCAGAUGACGGCCGUGAAUUUGUGGCUAUCGGACAAUAUGAUGGUACCGCGUUUGCUGAGAUCGACAAAAACGGCAAACUCAUCUAUCUCGGUCGGUUGCCUCAGUAUUCUACGCCAUCAGAGUGGCGCGAAAUUCGAACCUACCAGCACUACGUCAUCAUCGGCUCUGAAGCCGUCGGCCAUGGCAUUCAGAUCUUCGACCUCGAGAAAUUGCUAGACAUUGACGCUGAUGAGCCCGUCACGUUCAAUGCCAAGACUGACCUGACGAGUCAUUUCAGCGCUCUUUUGCCUCUUGGUCGAGCCCACAACGUUGUGGUCAACGAAGAGCUCAAGUACGGUGCCGCUGUUGGUGGUCAACCUCGCACUGAUCCGAAUUGUUUGUCUGGACUCAACUUUUUCGACCUGACCGAUCCAGCCAACCCAACAUCUCUGGGUUGUGCAAAGGGCGACGGUUAUGUUCAUGAUGCGCAAUGUAUUGUCUAUCGUGGACCUGACGAGCGUUACCAAGGACGUGAUAUUUGCUAUGGUUACAAUGAAGACACAUUGACCAUCUACGAUGUCACGGAUAAGGCAAACGUUACCAACAUCAUCUCUCGCAUCUCAUACGAAGGAGCAUCAUACACUCACCAGGGAUGGGUUCUUGACACUCAAAACCAAGAAUUCCUCGUCCUAGAUGACGAGUUGGAUGAAUCGAGAGGGCGAGGUCCAGCUAGCGAUGGCUUCCCAGUCACCUUCAUUUGGGAUAUUCGAGAUCUGGAAAACCCCAAGCAGACAGGUCACUUCAAGCACCCCACAAAGUCCAUCGACCACAACCAGUAUGUGAUUGACAGUUACAUCUACCAAUCUCACUACGGCGCUGGUCUUCGGGUUCUGGAUGGUCGUUCCAUCCCCGAAGACCCCACUGGUGCCGGCGUUUGCGAAGCUGCCUGGUUCGACAUUUACCCCGAGGAUGAUGCUUUGCCUGGAGGCGGCGCUGUUUCUUUUGUUGGCACUUGGUCAUCUUACGCGUAUUUCAAGUCUGGUUACGUCUUUAUCAAUACGAUUGAGCGUGGUGGCUGGGUUGUCAAGUUGACUGGCAAGGAGUGCCCUUAG